UCCCAUUUUGCGUGUUCUUUGUGCGAUGUCAUUUUUCUGAAAGUGAAAGUACCUUUAUACACAUUUUCGGCUUUAUUUUGGAUUUAAUUUUUUUAGUCGGUACUUAGACAAAUCGAAGACAAAAUGGGUCGGUGGAGUGCUACCGGGUGUUUACUAGUGAUAUCGCUAAGUUUUGUGGCUUGUCAAUUGCCACCAAGACUACAAAUACCUGGCGCCAUACCUCUAGGAGGUGGUUCCAGACCGGCACCAUUCAGAAUACAAAAUUCUUCUCCGAUCAUCUCAAACCCAAGACUAAGGAGACCAAAUGCCAUACCAUCAGCAGCUAGAGAAGUAAGACCGGUUAUAGAAGAAGUUGAAGAACCAAAUUAUCCAUCACCAAGUCCAUCCAGUGCUUUUGACGACGAAGUCAAUAAAAUUUUGCAAUCUUCAAGAGAUGAAGAAGAUGAACGUCAAACUCCAUUGCCAUUCAGACCAGAAAGACCAGUGCCAAUUUCCAGGGACCAAAUUAGAGAAAGAAAUACGAUAUCCAGACCUCAACCAGCGCCAAGACCUCAAAGUCAACUUAGACAAGAAAUUAGAGAAGAGAACAUUCCUAUUAGACAAGCACCUAUAAGACAACAAAUCAGUAGACCGGCUCCUGCACCACAAACCCUUAGAGCUCCAGCAAAACUUCCUACGCGUCAACAAGCUUUCGAAGAUGAAGAAGAAAGAGACAGAAGACGCAGACCCGUAGUUCAAAUUUUAAGAAAAUACCGUACAGAUAAUGAAGACGGAAGCAUCACUUGGGGCUUUGAAAACGACGAUGGCACCUUCAAGGAAGAAACUUUAGGAGUCGAUUGCAUUAUUCGAGGAAAUUAUGGAUACGUUGAUCCUGAUGGUGUAAAAAGAGAGUUUUCCUAUGAGGCGGGUAACAAAUGUGAUGAGCCAGACCCAGAAGAUGAAGAAGAAUUAUUACAAAAACCGAUUCCGCAAUCGAGAAACAAACCUCUGCCUUAUCGGCCUGCAGCUCAACCACAAUAUGUAAAUUAGGAUAAUUUAUUGAAAAUAAUAAUUUUUAGGUACAAACAUGUAAUUUUAAUAGGCCACAAUUGUAUAUUGGCUUGUUUUUUUUCUUUUUUUUUCUCUAUUUAAUUAUCUUUUUUGUCUUGUUUGAGUUUUUCUAUUUUAUAUUCCUUUUUUUACGCUAAACUGCCUGUUUGUAAAUUAUUUGAACUUUAUAUUUUUUAAAUAAAACUUGUACAAACAAAUAAAGCCUAUAC